AUGUCGCCUUUGCUAGUGCUGGCCUCGUUCGUCGCAGUAACUACAUCGAAUUAUCUACUAAACAUCCGCCGAGAUCAAAUCGACACCAGAGUAUCUUUGAGCCGAUGCAUAAUCGAAGCCACCAAGACCUAUUUCUCGUCGGAUUUCGAAACGAUAACGUUCUCGCUGCCGAUCGUCGAGCAGGAGCAGAGCUCCACCUCCUUCGUGAUGAACCACUUCGUAUUGGGCGAGCUGCAGCGCUCGAACCAGUGGUUGUUCAUCAUCAAAAACGGUAGACACCCAGCCAGAGAUUUCAAAGCAUACCCCACCAUCACCAAGAACUACAUCAUCCAGAUUCGGCAACGGGGAGAAUUCGCCGGGAACCUCAAGCGAUUGAAAGCCUCGCUGACGUGGAACCCCCAUGCAAAAUUUCUGAUCGUUUCGCCUACUGUAUUCGACAAACCCGAUUCAGUCGCUAUCGAAAUCACAGAGGUUUUAUGGAAAUACCACGUUCUCGAUGCAGCGAUAUUGCUCGUAGAACCAACGAACACCUCCACGUUUCUGGUGUAUUCCUGGGAACCUUACAGCGAUAAAGGCUGCGGUGGAGAUUACUCCAACAUCUUCCUCAUAGACAGAUGCUCGUUCGGUGUGGUGGAGGAAAAUUCGUCGUGGUUCAACGAUAAAAUCACCUUCAGCGGAUUCAAUAACUGCAGCUUGAAAGCUUCUUUUAUCGUUUGGCCGCCGUUCGUGACAACGGAGAGUCCCAUCUUCAGGAAAUCGGAUUUCGAGGCUACCCAAGGCAUUGAGGUGAACCUGAUCAAUAUGAUCGCCGAGAAUUUGAAUCUCUUCGUGGAGUAUACCAGUGGUGGUACCGCUUGGGGAGCGGUGUUUUUGAACGGUACCGUUACAGGUGAUUUUAAGCUACUAGCUGAAGAUGCAAUCGAUAUAGUAUUGGGCGGUUAUACCAACACUUUCGGUUGUUCUUUGUUGUUCGAUUGCAGUAAUUCGUACAUUCAGGAGGUGUUGGUGUGGUGUACACCGCACGAGCCUGUACUCUUAGGUUUAUUGCCUAUGAUUAAGAUACUAUCGAAGGAAGUUUGGAUUGGUUUGUCUUUAUUGUACUUCAUAGCCACCUACUUCGCUUGGACCCUUGCUAAACAGUCCAACAAGGAAAUAUCGAGUUACAAACAACUCGAAAACGUGGCGAUUAGAAAUUUUUUGAUACUCAUCGGCUUGACCGCGGACGUUCUACCGCGAUCUAAAGGAGCGAGGUUCUUCACAGGAGUUUUGAUGCUGUUCAGCCUGCAUUUGAACAUGUUGUACACUUCCUACUUGACCAGUACAUUGUCCAGUCCGAUUUUUAAGGAAAAGUACAAGAACCUGGAGAGCAUCUACGAGUUUGGAUUGAAUACCUACUUCGUGCCCGAGUACAAGAACUUUUUCAAUCAGAUCAGCAGCGAUUCCGGUCAUAUCGAAGGAGUACCACUGAGUGAGGUAAUGGAUAACUGGAGGAAUUGCGGUAAUGUAACAGAAUGCGUUGAAGAGAUAAUAGAAGGAAAACCGAAUGCGCUUUGUUUGCCGCUAUUGUAUAAAGAAUAUUUGUUGGUGCACAUAGCAGACUUCCAUAAGAAUAAGUACAAAAUCAACUGUCUGAAGGAAAAGGUUGCUAAUUUUCCAGUUAACUUAAUAAUGAGGAAAGGUUUUCCUUUGUACGCUGUUUUCCAGAAAACGAUUGAUAGGAUCAACAACGCUGGGUUUAUAUCCAAAUGGGAGAAGGACCUUCUGUAUGAAAAGAGGCAGAGCAUUCAAUACGAGAAAGAAAUCAGAAAAGAAACGUCCACUAUCAGAUUCGUUAAUCUCAGAGUGAUCUUCGAUUGCUUAUUUUUCGCGGAAAUUUUUUGCUUUUUGGUCUUCAUAGGAGAACUUGUCGUUUUCAAAAGAAGAGAAAAACAACGCAAUUAG